AUGUCGACCCAGCCGUGGGCGCCCACCGGCUUCCUCGACGCAGACAUGGUUGAGCCCUUCCAAGACAAGUUGACCAACCCAUUCGACGUAUUGGACAUACCGAACGAGGAAGUGGCCAGGAUCAAAGCCAUCGGCGACAUCGACACGGCCGGCAUGGAGGCGAGCCUCCUGGUCUCCAGGCAAACCCGCAGCGUCUCCCUCUUCUACGAGGACCGUCCCUAUCGCGGCAACCAGCAAGCUCUCGACCGUAAACACUACAAGCAGCUCGACAUGACGACGUGGAAGGACUUCCUCACGGUCGGCACCGAGUCGCCCGCCAAGCGGCGGCAGCAGCAGCAGGAGCAGCAGCGGCCUCGGCCCGGCGCGGGAGGCGCGUUCGAGGGCGUCGACGACUACCCCUUGUGCAAACCCAAGCCCGGCGAGUACAGCGUGGGCACGAUGGUCCUGCUCGGCACGCUACGCACCCAGUUCGACCUGCCCCCGGCCCAGCGUCAGGCCGUCGUGGCCUCGUUUGACGUUAGAGGCCACCUGAGCUUCCGCGUAAAGACGCAAAACGUCUACGGCGUCCAUAUCCGUGAUGCCAUGUCGUCCACCAUGCCGCUGGACCACCUGCGCGACAACAAGGUCGAUUUUAUUGUGCAUGCGUUUACUUAUGCCUUCCGGCUGGGGAUGGCCAAGUCCGACGACAAUCUGUUCGCUUUGAGGCACGCGAUUGCCCGAGCAAGCAAGGAUCAGGCCGCUGACGACAUGCGCGGUACCUGGCUGGUUACGCGCUUCGACGGGGUGGUGAGCCGGGUAAGAACGCCAGGCAUGUCGGCGAGGAUUUGGGUUUGGGUUCGCGUCGAUGUCUGCCAGGGGUGUGCCACCCGCCUGGGCGGCAGCCCUUGUCCGUCCCGCCAGCCGCCGUCCCGCCCAAGCGUGCGUCGUCUACCGACCACUUGGUUUAGAUCGACUGUUUCGUUACUUUUUGGUUUUUGGAGCGCCGUGUUUCCGCCUCCCGCUCUCGUGCCCGGCCACGCCGGCUUGCCAAGGGGGGGUCACCGCCGCGGGGAUGCCUGA